GAAAGGGGCCGUGCCUGCGCUGCGCUUCCCUUGCACAUCCUCACACACACCGAGGGACGGAGGCGGGCACGGACGGAGCUGCCCACCGGGGCUGCCGCCAGCCCUGCCGCCGCCGCUCCGCCGGAGGAGCCGCAGCCCCGGCCCGGGGGAGAGGAGGGGGGGCGGUUCCCACGGGGAAACACACAUAGAAAUAUAUAUAUAUAUUUUUUUUUCCACCCUCCCUUCCUUUUUUUUUUCUUUUUUUUUUUUUUUUUUCCCUUUUUAAAAUUUGAUUUUUCAUCCGUGGAUAACGAACCGGAGGAGCCGGGGGGGUGGGGGGAGCCCGGUCCCGGCGGGGAGGAGGCGAUGCAGACGCCGCUGGAUCAGCGCUCCGGGGACCGGCCGCAUCCAACUCCCCUGCGGCGCAGGAUGAGGCCCCUCGCCUCCUGCCUGGGCCUGUGGCUCCUCUGCCAGCUGCCUGCCCUGGUCUGCGGGACGCGGGUGGUCUACAAAGUGCAGGAGGAGCAACCCCCCAACACGCUCAUCGGCAGCCUGGCCUCUGACUACGGCUUCCCAGACGUGGGGCACCUCUACAAGCUGGAAGUGGGGGCCCCGUACCUGCGUGUGGACGGCAAGACUGGGGACAUCUACACCACGGAGACCUCCAUCGACCGGGAGAGCUUGCGUGAGUGCCAGCACCUCCUGCCCGGCGAGCCCUGCUACCUGGAGUUCGAGGUGUCCAUCACUGACCUGAUCAUGAACAGCAGCCCACGCCUGCUGGAGGGGCAGAUAGAGGUGCUCGAUAUCAACGACAACACGCCCAACUUCGCCUCGCCCGUUCUCACCCUGACCAUCCCCGAGAACACCAACAUCGGGGCUCUCUUCUCCAUCCCCCCGGCCAUGGACCGCGACUCGGGUCCCAACGGCGUUGCCUCCUACGAGCUGAUGGCCGGCCCCGAGGCGCAGGAGCUCUUUGGGCUGCAGGUGGCCGAGGACCAGGACGAGAAGCAGCCGCAGCUGAUCGUCAUGGGGAACCUGGACCGGGAGCAGUGGGACUCCUAUGACCUGACCAUCAAGGUGCAGGAUGGGGGCAGCCCGCCGCGGGCGAGCAGUGCCCUGCUGCGCAUCACCAUCGUGGACAUGAACGACAACGCGCCCAAGUUCGAGAAGGCCCUCUACGAGGCAGAGCUGUCCGAAAACAGCCCCGUGGGGCACUCUGUCCUCCAGGUGAAGGCCAACGACUCGGACCAGGGUGCUAACGCCGAGAUCGACUACUCCUUCCAUCAGGCCUCAGACAUGGUGCGCCGGCUGCUGCGCCUUGACCGCACCACGGGGCUCAUCACUGUCCAGGGACCCAUCGACCGCGAGGACGUCAGCAUCCUCAAGUUCUCCGUCAUGGCCAAGGACAAGGGGGCCAACCCCAAGAGCGCCCGCACCCAGGUGGUGGUCACCAUCAAGGACAUGAACGACAACGCGCCCUCCAUUGAGAUUCGGGGCAUCGGGCUGGUCACGCACCAGGAUGGCAUGGCAAAUAUCUCGGAGGACGUGCCAGUAGAGACAGCAGUAGCUCUGGUGCAGGUGUCCGACCGAGAUGAGGGCGAGAACGCCGUGGUGACAUGUGUGGUGGCUGGUGACGUCCCAUUCCAGCUGCGGCAGGCAAGUGAAACUGGGAGCGACAGCAAGAAGAAGUACUUCCUGCAGACCACCACGCCGCUGGACUACGAGUCGGUGAAGGACUACACAAUCGAGAUUGUCGCGGUGGACUCGGGGAACCCGCCCCUCUCCAGUACCAACUCGCUGAAGGUGCAGGUGGUGGACGUGAACGACAACGCGCCAGUCUUCAGCCAGAGCUUCACCGAGGUGGCCUUCCCCGAGAACAAUGAGCCUGAUGACCUGGUGAUGGAGGUGAGCGCCAGCGAUGCGGACAGUGGCUCCAACGCCAAGCUGGUUUACUCGCUGGUGACAGACCCCUCGUCCAAGGGCUCCUUCACUAUUGACCCCGACUCUGGGGAGAUCCGAGUGAAGGCGGUGCUGGACCGCGAGCAGCGGGAGCGCUACGAGUUCUUGGUGGUGGCGGCAGACAAGGGCAGCCCCAGCCUCAAGGGCACAGCAUCUGUGGCCAUCAACGUCAUGGACAGGAAUGACAACGACCCCAAGUUCAUGCUAAGCGGCUACAACUUCUCGGUGAUGGAGAACAUGCCGCCCCUCAGCCCUGUGGGCAUGGUGACGGUGAUCGAUGCUGACAAAGGAGAAAACGCCCGCAUCCAGCUGUCGGUGGAGCAAGACAACGGGGAUUUUGUCAUCCAGAAUGGCACUGGCACCAUCCUCUCCAGCAUCUCUUUUGACCGGGAGCAGCAGAGUACGUACACUUUCCGGCUCAAGGCGGUGGACGGUGGGGAUCCUCCCAGGUCUGCAUACGUGGGGGUGACCAUCAAUGUCUUGGAUGAGAAUGACAAUGCCCCCUUCAUCACUUCGCCCUCCAAUGCCACCUACAAGCACAUCCUGCCCCACACGAGCCCUGGCCAGCAGGUGAGCAAGGUCAAGGCAGAAGACAUUGACUCCGGCGUCAACGCGGAGCUGACCUACAGCAUCACGGGAGGCAACCCCUUCGAGCUCUUCCAGAUCUCCCCGCACAGCGGAGACAUCACGCUGGAGAAGGAGAUCCUGCGCAAGCACCACGGCCUGCACCGCUUGGUUGUGCGCGUCAACGACAAGGGCAAGCCCUCGAGGCACGGCACGGCGCUGGUGCACUUCUAUGUCAACGAGACAUUGGCCAACCGCACGCUGCUGGACACGCUGGUGGGGCACAGCCUGGACACGCCGCUCGACAUAGACAUCGCUGGAGACCCCGAAUAUGAGCGCAGCAAACAGCGAAGCAACAUCCUCUUCGGAGUCAUCGCUGGCAUCGUGGCAGUCACCUUGGUCAUCGUGCUGGUUGUGCUGGUGCGCUACUGCCGGCAGCGGGAGGCCAAGAGUGGCUACCAGGCAGGCAAAAAGGAGACCAAGGACCUGUACGCACCCAAGCAGGCCAGCAAGAGCGGUAAGAGCAAGAACAAGGUGAAGAAGAGCAAGUCCCCAAAGCCACCCAAGCCCACGGAGGAUGAGGAGGAGACGGGGCUGCAGAAAUCGCUCAAGUUCAACCUCAUGAAUGACUCUGUCAGCGACAGCCCUCGCAUCCACCUGCCCCUCAACUACCCGCCGGGCAGCCCGGACCUGGGGCGCCACUACCGCUCCAACUCGCCCCUGCCCUCCAUCCAGCUGCAGCCUCAGUCGCCCUCUGCCUCCAAGAAGCACCAGGUGGUGCAGGACCUGCCGGCCACCAACACCUUUGUUGGCACCGGGGACAACAACUCGACGGGCUCCGAGCAGUACUCGGACUACAGCUACCGCACCAACCCCCAGAAAUACACCAACAAGCAGUUACCUCAUCGCCGAGUGACAUUCUCUGCGGCCAGCCAGGCCCAGGACCUGCAGGACCCCUCCCAGCACAGCUACUACGACAGUGGGCUGGAGGAGUCGGAGACCCCGAGCAGCAAAUCAUCGUCGGGACCCCGCAUCGGGCCGCUGGCCCUGCCCGAGGACCACUAUGAGCGCACCACGCCUGACGGCAGCAUCGGGGAGAUGGAGCACCCCGAGAAUGAUCUCCGGCCUCUGCCCGAUGUAGCCAUGACUGGGACCUGUACCCGGGAGUGCACGGAGUUCGGCCACUCCGACACCUGCUGGAUGCCCGGCCAAUCCUCCCCCAGCCGCAGGCCCAAGAACGCCCUCAAACUCUCCACUUUUGUGCCUUACCAAGACAGAGGGAGUCAAGAGCAAGUCGGGAAUGGCAGCCCCAGACUCUCAGAAGAGCGCAGCACCAAAAUGGCCAACCUCCGCCUGCUCCCCACGUACAGUGCCUUCUCCAAUAGUAGCCAUGAGCCCUGCAAGGACUCUCCCAUGGAGGAAAUUCCUCUCACCCAGACCUCGGACUUCCAGCCAGCCACCACCCCCUCGUCCCAGACCACCAAGAGGGAGAUAUACCUGUGAGGCUGGCCCGAGGGGCCAGGAGCAGACGUGCUUCUGAGGCCAGCGUCCAGAGGAACAUUUGAAACUUCGAUGCUUUACAGGCUCCUGUGGCCGGGUCUCCUCCGGGUGGUGGUUGAGGUGCCCAGGGGCUGUGAGGACAGCAGGGCAGGGCAAGGCAGGGAUGGAAGGAGCGCCUUUAUAACCCAUUUUCCGGGGCGGGUGGGAGGGGUGAAGGCAUCCAAAACCCGAUUUCUGAGCACUUGCGGGUGCGUGCCUCUGAACUGCGUGGUCGGGGAGGGCUGGGCAGGCUCCUGGUGCGGAGGGCAUGGCCGGGGAGAAGGGCUGACGUACCAAAGGUCCGCGCAGAGCUGGUGGAGUUCCUGGGGCUUAGGACGAGGGGUGUCCCCGCGCACAGGGAGCGAGCUGCCCGGCUCUUUGCUGUAGACUCCUGUAAAUACGAACCUUAGGAAUGACAUUCAAGUCCUGCCUGAUCGAAACUUUUUAUUGUCCUUGAAACAAAAGACAUUUAAACGAACACACACACACACAAUCCCAAUCCACAGGGAGCAAGUUCCAGCUUUGAAUGGUUUGCUGCGUGGAAGAGCCCGCGGGAGCGCAGCGUCCGGCCCACACUCGUGUUCUAUAUUGUAAAUAGAGAUGUGACCAGUCCCUGAAACAGCAGCUGGGGAGCUGGAGGAGAGGGGCAGCCCUAGCCGGACUGUAGGGACUUGACUAUUUUUCAGCCUGGAUCUCUUUCGGAACGUUGUCACUGUGCCCACAAGCUGCAGGGUCCCUAGGGACUGCCCGGUGCCGUAGGUGGGGGCCGCGCUGGGGGUGUCCCUGGUGGCCCUGCGCCCGAUGGCCGGAGGAGGGACGGGGAAGUCCCCAGGCAAGGGACCGGCUGGGUCCGGAGAAGCCCUCAGUCCCACUCCGCUGGCAGGGAGGUCGGCAUCGGCUGUGGCGUCUCAGCCCAUCGCCUUGUGCCUCCUGCGGGGCCGGGGAUGCCAGUGGGGCCGGCUGUGCCAUGCCUUCGACCUCCGUCCUGUCCGCCUGUAAGCCACCAUUGCCUUCGUCAGGAGGAGCGUUGUCUCAGGGUCACGCCGGGGGCCACCACGCCCCUGCCCGCUGGUGUCCCACCGCCCUUAGGCCACAGGGCCGCUCUCACGGGCUCCAGCUUUCUCUUCCAUUGUCCGGUCCCCGCUGCCCCCGGCUCCCCUGCAGGGUACCCAAGCGGGUGACACCGCGCAGGCGGCGGGGACGGCGCUCCCGGAGAUGCGCACGCCGGAGCGGGGAUGCCCAGGUGGUGCGUCCCUGAGCACCUCCGCCUGUUUUUUGGGUGACCCCAGCAGGAGGGCUCUGGGGGACUCACGCCUCAUUCCUGGGUCACCCUUCCCCCGUCCCCCCCUCCCCGCUGGGACGUGGGGACGGGCUGUGCUGCACCCUUGUUCUUCCCGUACUUGCGCGUCGGUCGUCUUCAUCUCUGGGAUCUUCCUUAGGGAGCAAGGCCAGUGGUAGCUGCAGGACGGUUUCCCCCGCUGCUCACCCUCGGUCCGUGCACGGGGAGAGGCCAGGGCUCUUCUCACCAAUGGCUCGACCAGCACGGGGUGGGGACACCGCAGGGACACGGCGCCCCAGCGCCGCCCCACCGGCUGCUGCGGCCAGCGGGCUGCCCUGCCGGCGCUGCAGUGCCUGUUGGGGACCCCCUGCCCACCUCCCAACUCCAGCAGCCCCUCUCUGAGCAGCUCCUCUCCCUUUGCUUGGGCAGCGGUGGCAGGAUGCGGCCAGCUCCCAGUGACCUGCGGGGCUGCGCGGCCCCAGCCCUGCUCCUCACCUGCCCCGGGGACCUCAGGGUGCCACCCGGAGGGGGCAGGACCCUCCUCCCGGCCCCCCGCUGCUGCUCCCCACCCGCCGGCCGGUGGCCCCGUGGGGCAGGCGCCUCGCUCCAGGUGGCCGUCCGUCCAGGCGUCCCUGCUCUACCCGCGGCCACGCAGUGGGGCCACGCUCUCCUGGCCUGGCUGCCUGAGCAGGUCACGCUCCUGAACUUGUUUUUAAUUGUAGCUCUGUAGUUUCAGGGCCUAACUGGGCAGAAUGUGCAAUUUGGCCGCGCUGGCCAGGAUCUCUGACUCCACUGCCAACUCGACUGCUCACGCCUCCCCGCGGCUCCGGCGGCGGCAGUGUCCGGUGCCCCUCUUGGGGACCCCCCGGCAGACCCAGAUCAGAGGGGUGCUUGUCCAAGACCAGCUUCCCCUGGCUGCUGCCUGCGGGUGGGCUCCCUACCUUCUGCUCGGGGCCACCAGCAGGACCCCGAAGCUCCAAGCCCUGUGGCUGGGGUUGCUGUCUUGUCUCCUGGAGCGCCUGGCGAUGUUCUCGGUGCGAGCGUGUUGCAAAGGGGGGGGUGAGUGCAGAGGGGACAGGUUCCCGGGGACCCAUGGGGUUGGGAGGGAUGGGAGCCGUGGGGAUGGGAGCCGUGGGGAUGGGAGGGAUGGAUGACAUGGGGAUUCGUGCCUUGGGGAUGGGAGCCAAGGGCAUGGGAGGGAUGGGAGCCGUGGGGAUGGAUGUCAUGGGGAUGGGAGGGAUGGAAGCCAUGGGGGUGGGUGACAUGGGAAUGGGAGCCAUGGGAUUGGAGGAAUAAGGGGUGACGAGUUUGGGUGGGCGCUCAGAGGGGUGUUGGGGCUGGGUCUUUGGAGGGGAGCACAGUGGGGUGGUGGAGAGGGGAUGGGCAUCUUGGGGGGGGUGAGGGCAGGUGUAUGGGGAGGAACAGAGGGGGCAGAGGGAGCGGGUCCUCCAUGGGUUGCCAAAGGGGGGCAGCAGAUCCGUGGGGAGGAGAAAAUACUGGGCAUUGGUGCUGGGAUGGGGCAAUGGGGGGGGGGUGAAGAUGAUGGUGUCACUGGGGACCAGUCUUGGGGGGGUGAGGGGGUUGUACGAAGAAGAGGUGCUGUUGGAAAGAAGCUCAUUUGCACAAUUAUAAGCCAGAAGGAUAAAGCCUCCGUGCACGUGGGGGAACGCUCCCCACGGGCUCCAGCCUAGACAAGCACAGGGAAGAGGAGGGGGUUGGAUGCCUCUGCGGGGGGGUUCACCGUAUCUCACACUGCACUAGGACAAGCCAGGGGUAAAACCAAAGGUGGGAGCCAGGGAGCAGGCGGGCUGCGUGGGAAGGAUCUAAGCGACCCCUUUGUAGCUCUUCAGUGUUGGUUCUAUUUAUACGAGAUUUCAUUUCCUUGCUUGUGAUGCCUUGUUUUUUGUACAGUUUUAUGUACAUGCAGGUGUAGCUUUUCUAAAGGAGAAAUCCUAUGGCAGAGUAAAGUACCCAACUAUUUUUCAGAUGGUGACCUAUGUCUAAGGCAACGCCUCUUGCUAAGGUUGUAUUGCUCUCAAUGUGUGAUGCAUUUCCCUGUGCGGGGAAGGCUUUUGGCCUUGGGCUUGGUUUUCCCCGGGCGCUGUGAGCACAAUUGAUUCCCUUGUAACUUUCUGUUCAGAGCAGUGAGCAUGACACCGUCGUGAUCCCCUUUCCGUUCUCUCCUGUUCUGUUUGUUUGCUGAGCUGUCAGAUGACCAACUCCAUUGUAAUUAGCCCUUCCUAAAGCUUUACAAUAAAAGUGUGAAAACCCGG